ACAACAUAACCUCAGAAUGUCACAAGACAAGAGGCCCCAAUUCGGCAACAGACACCUCACCGACGACGACAAUGUUUUCCAACACAAUGCGUGGUACGAUUUUUAAACUUCUCUCAUUACGUAACUGCCACACACGUUACCGCAAAAAGCCCAAAUACGGUACUCGCUUCCUAAUCGAUAAAAGCAAAAUCUUUGAUUUUAACGCCUGGGACGAUGUCGAGUGGGACGAGGAACAAGAAAAUCAAGCGAGGGAUAAAGUGAGGAUAAACAGUGAGGUUAAAAUCCCUAAUAGUGUGAUUGAAAAGUACGAAAAUGAGGCCGAUAAGUACUGGGACGCGUUUUACGAUAUCCACACAAAUAGGUUUUUCAAAGACAGGCAUUGGUUGUUUACAGAGUUCCCCGAAUUGGCUGUGAACGAGGGCGAAAGUAGGACGAUUUUUGAAAUUGGUUGUGGGGUUGGAAAUACAAUUUUCCCGAUAUUACAGACCUCAAAAAAUGAUAAUUUGAAAGUUUACGGGGGCGACUUUUCAUCAAAAGCCAUUGAGAUUUUAAAAGAAGCGCCAGAAUUUGACUCAAAACGCUGCAACGUUUUCGUAUUAGAUGCCUCUCAAGACAAGUGGCAAGUGCCUUUUGACGAAAACAGUAUUGACAUAAUUGUGUUAAUUUUCGUUUUAUCGGCUAUAAAUCCAUUAAAAUUUGUUAAUGUGAUCAAAAACAUACACAAUUAUUUGAAACCUGGGGGGUUAGUGUUAUUUAGGGACUAUGGACGCUAUGAUAUGGCACAGUUAAGAUUUAAACCAGGUCGGUCUUUGGGAGAAAAUUUCUACGUACGUGGGGAUGGCACUAGAGUGUAUUUUUUUACCCAAGAUGAAGUACGAAAAUUAUUUGAGGAAUUUGGUUUCAAGGAGGAGGAGAAUCGGGCCGAUAGACGUUUACAAGUGAACAGAGGUCGAUUGUUGAAAAUGUACAGAGUUUGGAUUCAGGCAAAGUACAGAAAAACUUAAAUUGACAAAUAUAUUAAUUUUUGUAAAUUUUUAAAAAUUACAUAAUUACAUUAUGUCUAUAGAUUAAAUAUAAGGAAUCCUUUUGUAAUAAUUGAUAAAAUAAAAAAACCUACAUGAAA